AUGGUGAAGCUGAAGCAUCUUUCCUCCAUUGCCAACCAUGUUCUCCAAAGAAGUGCAGAGGAACUAGGUACUUCUGUGGAUAACUUGGUAGAAGAAUUUGAUGCUGCAUGGAAGCCUGAAGUGGGCGAUUAUUCGAGAAAAUUAGUGAAAUUUUGCAGCUCAAAAGCUCUCAUUAAAUUGUGUCAAAAUAUAGAAGAAAGGAUAAGUAAGACACCAUUCAGCCGGUUCACAUAUGACAUGAUGCUAGCUUGGGAGAAGCCUAAUGCUGUCAAUGAAGAGUCCCAGACAGAGAGCAUUGCCAAGGAGAAAGAAGGUAUAAAGUCACCAGUAGAAGUGCCUCUGGAGCAGGAUGAUAUCCCUCUUUUCUAUUCAGACCUGAUGCCACUCCUCGUUAAUGAUGAACCAAGUGUUGCAGAAGAUGCUUUUGUGUGGUUGGGAUCAUUAGUUCCAUUAGUUGCUGAUAUUGUUAAUGGAAGAUUCACUUUUGAAACUCUAACUGUACCUACUGGAAACCGGCUCUUUUUCCCUGCAUAUGAUAAAUAUCUAAAAGAAAUUGAUGACCGCAUAAAACAUUUACAAAACCAAGCAAAGCCAAAAGGUGUGGAGUUAGCUGAUGAUGAAUUUAUACUGCAUGUGGAGGGAACAGCUAGCACACAGAGAGUAGUGCGCCAUAUUGGAGGAACGAGUUGGCCUGGUAGGCUUACACUGACUAAUUAUGCUCUCUACUUUGAGGCUUCUGGAGUGAUAACAUAUGAAGAUGCACUUAAGAUUGACCUUUCAAGGGACAUUGAUCACGGUGUUAAACCAGCUGCCACAGGUCCAUGGGGUGCUCCACUUUUUGACAAAGCCAUAACCUAUGAAUCCCCUGAAUUACCAGAAGGGGUUGUGCUGGAGUUUCCAGAGAUAACGAGCUCCACAAGGCGUGACCAUUGGCUAGCACUCACAAAGGAGGUUCUGCUAAUGCACAAAUUUUUAUCUGAAUUCAAAGUGGAAUGUCCAAUACAAGCAUGGGAGAUGCAUGCAAGGACCAUUUUGAGCAUUAUAAGGCUUCACGCAGCAAGAGAAAUGCUACGAAUUUCUCCCCCGAAUCCCACAAAAUUCUUGAUUUUUGCUUUAUAUGAUGAGUUACCUAAGGGGGACUAUGUAUUGGAACAGCUUGCUGAGAGUCUAAAGAGGGUAAAUAGUGGACAACCAUGUAGUGCAAGCUCAAUACUGAGGAGAAUGAACCUUUCAGAGUCAAUUGCAUCAAGUUUAGAAGCAAAAACAGUGACUGAUGAGGUGAAGAAAACUGUUGCGGGUGGUGAAUAUCAUAAUAAAACCUCUUUGGAGACUGCCAUCAAUCAAACGAGAAGGGAAGAAAGGGAAGUUGCGAUUGCUAAAUCAGCAAUUGAGGGGCUGAAAGAGGAAGGGAUCAGUGAAAAUGCUCUCAUUCUUAUGGAGCUACUAAAGCCACUUAAAGGUGUAUUCCUUUGGUUCCAACAAAUCCUUUCGUGGGAAAGACCAGCAACUACCCUUGCUGUAGCUGCUGCAAUUAUACUAAUUGCGUACAAGGAAUGGGUUGGCAAAGCAAUAUCCUCAGGCUUGCUUCUGGUGUUAGCAAAAAUGAUCCGAGCUAGACAAGAAAGGCUUAAAGACAAACAAAAGGAGAUAGUUGUGUGCAGCGCCUCUGACCAGACUGCCUCUACAAGAGAGAACAUAGUUUCAGCUCAUUACGGAUUUAUGACCAUUUGUGGGAUAAUCCAGGAAGCGAAUGUAACGAUACUGAAAUUGCAUUCAAUUCUGGUCUCAAGAGCACACAAGCAUGCAGAAAGGGUGAUGCUGGCGAUGAUCGGAUUGGCAAUAUUGUUGGCAGUGGUUCCCUUAAAGUAUCUCAUAAUGACUGCUGUAUUUCAUUCCGCGAUCAUGACAUCAAAGUUAGGGAAGUACAUAAGGAACAACCAAGGAGAACGGCGACUGAAAGAAUGGUGGGACUCAAUCCCACCUACCCCAGUUCGAAUUGUUGACAAGGCUCCUGCCUGUCCUUAAUAGGCCGGCAUGCAUUUUGGCGUAAACACUCUGAAUCUUUUACGUCAAUCUGGUUUUAUACUUGUUUGUCUAAAAUAUAGCUGAAAAUAGACACGAAUGUAUACUAGAUCUUAUUAUUCUAAAAAUGAGGCUGCAAAGACAAUCCCAACAAUCUUGAUGUCAACAGCAAACUUUGUUCUACCACCUUUACUGGACAGUCUUCCUAUAGCACUGCAUAAGUGCUCUGCAGUCUCCUCUUAAGUCGUGCUCUUACCAUUCAUGAUCCUAGCCGCAAAACAUCAUUGCCCACUGUGUUGAAUCGACAGUUGUUGAUGCCCAAUCUAAACCAAUGCAACUUACAACCCGUAAUGUCAGUCUCCAGAAGUUGAUAAGAGGUAAAGCAGAAGAUACGGUAUGAUCCUCACCCAGAUAAUUAGUCCAACAGGCUGGACAAUUUGUCGACAGGAGAC